AUGGCUAUCACCAUACCGGAGCUGGACAACCUUGUCCGCUCCUUCUACGAAGGACGUGGCGAGCAGCAAAAGCAAGCUCAAGCCGCUCUCAACCAGUUCAAAGAAGACCAGGACUCAUGGCUCCUCGUCGACAACAUCCUCUCCGAGGCCUCCUAUCCUCAGACCAAGUACUUGGGCCUGCAGGUUCUGGACAGUGUGAUCAUGACGAGGUGGAAGGUUCUUCCCCGGGAGCAAUGUCAAGGCAUCCGCAACUUCAUCGUGCAAUUCAUUCUCCAGGUCUCGGGCUCCGAAGAGACCAUGAAAGCCCAGAAAACCCUCCUCAACAAACUCAACCUCGUCCUCAUCUCCAUCCUCAAGCAAGACUGGCCUCACAACUGGCCGACCUUCAUUAACGAAAUCAUAUCGGCAUGCCACUCGAGUCUAUCCGUCUGCGAGAACAAUAUGGUCAUCUUGCGACUGCUGUCCGAGGAGGUGUUUGACUACUCUGCCGAGCAAAUGACAUCGACCAAGACGCGCAACCUCAAGACCACCAUGUGCGCCGAGUUCUCCCAAAUUUUUACCCUCUGCCAGGAGGUUCUCAACUCGGCCACCCAGACUAGCCUCGUCAAGGCGACACUUGAGACGUUGCUGCGCUUCUGCAACUGGAUCCCUCUGGGCUACAUCUUCGAGACGAACCUUAUCGACACCCUGCGCACGCGCUUCCUUCCCGAGCCCGAGUUCAGAAAUGUCACCCUGCAGUGCCUUACUGAGAUUGGCGGCCUGCAGACGGGUGGCCCCGGGCAGCCAAACUCGUACGACGAGCAGCUGGUCAAGAUGUUCACCGAGGUUCUUAGUACCAUCUCCAACAUCGUUCCCAUCACCAUCGACCUCAAGACAACGUACCCUACCUCAAACUCCAGGGAUCAAGAGUUUGUCCAGAACAUGGCUUUGUUCCUCUCCAACUUCUUCGGCAUGCACCUGAGCCUUAUCGAGAACUUACCGAACCGGGAUUACCUUGCUCAUGGACACUUCUAUCUGAUCCGUAUAUCGCAAAUCGAGGACCGCGAGAUCUUCAAGAUCUGCCUCGACUACUGGCUGAAACUUGUCAACGAGCUCUACGAUGAGAUGCAGCAGCUCCCCAUGACCGAGCUCAACCCGCUGAUGGGUAUGGGCGGUGGCUUGUCCAACGCGGGCGCGCCCAACCCGGCGCUGUUGGCAAACUACCCGUUGCGUAAGCACAAGUACGGCGAGGUUCUGUCAAACCUCCGCCAGGUCAUGAUUGAAAAGAUGGUCCGCCCCGAGGAGGUUCUCGUCGUCGAGAACGACGAGGGAGAGAUUGUUCGUGAAUUCGUCAAGGAGAGUGACACGGUCCAGCUCUACAAGACUAUUCGCGAGUGUCUCGUGUACCUCACACAUCUAGACGUUACUGACACGGAGAAUAUCAUGACCGAGAAGCUAGCACGCCAAGUUGACGGCACCGAAUGGUCGUGGCACAACUGCAACGUUCUUUGCUGGGCCAUUGGUUCGAUUUCCCUGGCCAUGAACGAAGAGACGGAGAAGAGGUUCCUCGUGACUGUCAUCAAGGAUCUUCUCGGCCUGACUGAAAUGAAGCGCGGCAAAGACAACAAAGCCGUCGUCGCCAGUAACAUCAUGUACAUUGUCGGCCAGUACCCUCGCUUCCUGAAGGCGCAUUGGAAAUUCCUUAAGACGGUCGUCAAUAAGCUUUUCGAGUUCAUGCACGAGUCGCAUGAGGGUGUUCAGGACAUGGCUUGCGACACCUUCAUCAAAAUUGCUAGGCAAUGUCGCCGUCACUUCGUCGCUCUGCAGCCUAGUGAGAAUGAGCCGUUUAUCGAGGAGAUUGUUAGAAACAUGCACAAGAUCACUUGCGAUCUGACACCCCAGCAAAUCCACACCUUUUACGAGGCAUGCGGUUACAUGAUCGGCCGUAUUUUCCAUGAUAUGCUGCAAAUGUAUCAAGCAACCAGCCAGCUCAUUUCGGAGGCUGUCCAGAACCAGGGUGAGAUCGCCACGAAGAUGCCCAAUGUCCGGGGUCUGCGUACGAUCAAGAAGGAGAUUCUCAAGCUCAUUGAGACCUAUGUGGAGAAGGCCGAGGAUCUCAAUGCUGUUCGUCAACAGAUGGUGCCUCCCCUGCUUGAGUCCAUUCUCACCGACUACAACCGCAACGUGGCCGGUGCUCGCGAUGCUGAGGUCCUCAAGGCUAUCUCGGCCAUCAUCACCAAACUCUCCAGCCUCAUGGAGGACCAGGUUCCCAACAUUAUGGAGAACGUCUUUGAGUGCACCCUAGAGAUGAUCAACAAGGAUUUCUCCGAGUUUCCGGAGCACCGUGUGGAGUUUUUCAACCUCCUCCGGGCGAUCAACUUGCAUUGUUUCCCUGCGCUGUUGAAGUUGGACAACCGACAGUUCAAAUUCGUCAUCGACUCGUGCUCUUGGGCUUUCAAGCACGACAACCGUGACGUCGAGGCUGCUGGUCUCAAUAUGUGCCUUGAGCUUAUCAACAACAUUGCCGAAACUGACGUGCAGACGUCGAACGCAUUCUUCCAGCAAUUCUUCAUCACGAUUCUUCAGGAUGUGUUCUUCGUUCUCACCGAUACCGACCACAAGGCUGGCUUCAAGACACAGUCGAUGAUUCUGAUGAGGAUGUUCUACUUCGUGCACCCCGCCGAUGGUACUUCCCCCAAGAUCCAGGGCCCCAUCUACCCGCCUGAUCAGGCUCCUGGCGGCACGCCGAACAAGGAGUUCCUGGCCAACUUUGUUGCUCAGCUCCUCAAGGGAGCUUUCCCCAACCUCCAGCCUGCACAGAUUGAAAGCUUCGUUGAGGGUCUGUUCAACCUCAACACGACAUACGACAAGUUCCGUCUUAACCUGCGUGACUUCCUCGUAUCCCUCAAGGAGUUCGCUGGCGACAAUGCCGAGCUGUUCCUCAUUGAGAAGGAGCAGCAGGAGAAGGACGCUAAGGCAGCCGACUUUGAGCGUCGUGGCAAGGUCGGCGGUCUGCUGAAGCCUUCGGAGCUCGAGGACGACGAGCUGUGA